CAUUCUUUUUCUACUCAGGUGAUAGAAGGAGGACUACAGAAGAACUUGCACAGCUUCUGGAGGAUCUGGCUGAGAGGAGGCGACAAAUUAAACUCAAAAUAGAGCAGAAGGAGAAAGAUCUGAAGGAGCUGAGAAAGAAAUCCAAUGAAUUUUAUUCCACUGCAGAGACAGUACUUGAAUGCAACCGAGUCAUAUUCGGCAAGAUGGUUGAUCUAAUGACAGAAAGGGCCUCCUCAAUGGUGCAACUGAUCAAAACGUACCAGUUCAGCGCUCAGACUGGAUUCCGGGUGCAUUUGGACCGUGUUGAUGAAGACAUGGACAACCUGCAGAUGUCCCAACGCGAGUCUCUCUUAAAGACCCAGGAUCCCUACAAGUUCCUCCUCGAACACAACUCCCUCCUGGAGAUCCCCGAACUCCCCGAGCCACGGUACACGACCCACCACUGGCUCCCAUUCAAGAAGUUCACCAUGGACGUAACCCAAUUUCCCAUGUGUGUCACGUCUCUCUCAGUCUUCAACCAGUCCCGGGCAUCUGAAGUAGUUUACAGUGAGGAGAGGAAGGCGUGCAUGGACUCCGCAGACCUCUGGACCAUCACGUGGGACCCCAGCACUGCCCAUAGUAAUGUCUUGCUUGGGCUGACAGACAAAGGCGAAGAACGCGCGGUGUUUACAUCCCAACCGAGGGGCUACCCAGACCACCCAGACCGCUUCACCCACUGUGUCCAAGUUCUGAGCAGAGAAGCGCUUACUGGGCGCUGCUACUUUGAGAUAUGUUCAUCAGGAGGCUGCUUUGUGGGGCUCACCUACAAAAGCAUUGAGAGAAAGGGCAACAAUAACCCAUCCGUUCUGGGGUUGUAUGACAAGUCUUGGGCGUGUUUCGGAGGAGGUUACAUGCCUCUCUGUACCUACAGUGACACGUGGUUGCUCAUUCCAAAGAAGUUCAGCAAUAGAGUGGCUGUCCACCUAGACCACGACCAAGGCAUUUUGACCUUUUAUUCUGUCUUAUAUGACAAGUUGUCCAUUCUGCACAAGGUCGAGACGAAGUUUACAGAGCCAUUGUAUUUUGGGGCACUGUUCUUGUAUCAGGGAGACCAAGUGGUGAUCCGUUCGGUAGAGGAGAUGGAGUAGUUUUUGCUGUUAAUGUCCCUACAUCCUUUGAUUGUUAUAGCUCUUUGGUCUUUUUGAUCUACUUGUAUUUUUUAGAAUAGAGCUGCAUAGCCUUAGUCAGUGCUGACAAAAAUUCUGUUCUAAACUGUUCCUUGUGCUGAUUUUAGCUGUUGUUGGUUUUAAAAUCACUCGACUCAAAAUCAAUACAUCACACAAUCAUUGUUUUUAUGUUCAUUUUCAAUUAUUGUUUUAAGAUUUGGUAUUACAGUGUGCUCAUCUUGUUGCCCUUUUUAAAAACAAUGGUUGAAUGCAUCUUCUUGUUCUCUGCAUUUUCUUUGGUCAUUUUUUUUACUUUGAUAUUCAUUAAAUAUUUUGUAAUUUC